UUUCAAAAUGGUUCGUGUCGCCCUCUUGUGCCACACAUUUUGAAACCUCAUCGUCGUUGGUUUUCCACCUCUCUUGAACUUCCUCUUCGCCCAGCUUCCUCCUAAGGGUCAAGUAUGAGCUGGUAACAGCGAAAAUGGCCCCUCACACGAAAGUUGAGAUUCUGAUCUCAAUUAUAUGCGCGCUCCAUGGCGUCCUCGGCGCAGAUGGCGCCGCAACUGCAACUCUCAAUCUCGGCGGUAACCCCUUUGCCUUUAGCACCGCGACAACCAGCGCAAACAGCGUCAUCGUUGAAACCAGCAGCGCGAGUGCUGCUAACGGUAACGGCGGCGAACCGGGAGCAAUAACGACAGCCGCCCCAGGUGAUCUCUCAACGGUGAGCAUAACCGGCUCGGAUGGAUAUGCAGUCGCCGAGGGCUGCGUCCGAGAAUGCCUGAUGCAGGAAGCAUUCGGCGGACAACCGGAUGGGCUCAUACUCGCUGCGGCGCUGGGCUGCACUAGUCCUUACUACAACGGCUGCUACUGCACCGCAGCCGUAGCCACCAAGGCCACCUCCCUGAUUUCCAGAUGCAUCAUCGAGGUCUGCACCGGCACGGCAGAGAUCCCAGACGCCUUCUCAAUCUACGACACCUACUGCACCUCAGCCGGCUACCCGCGCAGCGUCCUCGCCACAACAACUACCGUCAACGCCAGCAACCCUUCAACAGCAGUCGUCACCGGCGCCAUCGUCUACACCAUAACGAACGGCGGCUCCACCUUCCAGGUCACCGAAACCGGCGUGCAAACCCUCAUCACCACCCCAACCUCCGCCCCCAACUCUGGAAGGGGUGGAGGGCAAAAGGUUAAUGUUGCGGGAAUUGUGGGCGGGGUGCUGGGUGCGUUGGUUCUGAUUGCGGUGAUGUUGGGAGCUUUCUUGGUUUGGUUGCCGAGAAGGCAGAAGAAGAAGGCUCUUCUUGUCCAACAGCAGGUUAGUACGCAGUCUCAGACGCCAGGGGAGCCGGCGAGUACGUUCGUACCUGGUGCUGCGGCGGUGGGGGUUAGGAAGGCAGGAGGGAGGGCGGAACUUCCUGAGAAGGGGGGUGGUGGGGUGGUGGGGGAGAAAGAGAUUAUUGAGGAUGUUGAGAAGGAGGGGAAGGUUGGGACGGAUCUGGCGGUGGAUAGGGCGGUUGAGAUUGAUGGCAGCGGUACGCAGGGGAGGUAUGGGCUUAGGGCUGAAGAGUUGGAUAGUGAGGGUAGCGAGGCUGAGAAACCGGACGGGUCUGGUUUGGUAUCCUGCUGAUAGAGGACGCUGAGAUAUAUAGAGAAGAGCGAGUAAGCAGGUCCGCUUGUAACCAUCGUAGAAUAUUACUUGAGCAAAAUCAAACAGGAUAUUGUGAC